UUUAUUCUUUUCGAUUCAAAUUUAAAAUACUUUAAAUAAUUUUUUUUAAAAAUGUCUGUUUUUUUGAAAAUAAAUAUAAUUAUAUUUAUACUGUAUUUUGUUCCUUCGGUAUGGAUGUCACAGGCAGUGUAUUUUAUCAGCAAGGUGAAUAAUUGGAAUGAUCGACCAAAUAAUAUUGAAGUAACCCCAUUGAAAAACAAACAUUACUUUCGAAGAUUCAAUAACGAAUGGAAAAGAAAUAAAUGUGAAUCAUUAGGAUUCAAAUUUAAUGAAUCAUUUUUUCGUUCUUAUGAUCAUGACACAAUUCUCAAUAAUUCAAUACUUAUACUUUUAACCACUCCAUUGCAAAACUACUCAAAUUGUUUUGUAGAUCAAGAUAAUAACUGUGUUUUUAAAGCAUUAUCUCUUGCAAUUUGCGGAAAUAUAUCAUAUUUUCAAAAAAUACGAGGCAAAGUUAUUGAUAACAUAAAAAAUAGUAUAGAAUUAAAAAACUUUCUUGGUGGUAAAAGAAGAUUUAAUAAUUACACAUUAUUCAAGACGGACGGAGAUUUUGUUGGUGAUUACGGCUCGGUUAUUGAAGUAUUAGCUACUGCCGAAUACUUAGAUGUAUGUAUAUAUGUAUAUGAAGAUGAAUGCAAUCAAUGGAUUAUUUAUCGAAAAGAUUGGCCAAAUUAUGAAUCUAUUGAUAUGAAAACUGAAAAUUGUAUAUAUUUAAAUUUAUAUAAGCAAAGUUUUCGUAUUGUCACUGCCGUUAACACUUAUAUUUAAGUACACAACGUCAUAUACAUAUGUUAAAUUUCAUACUUCGAUUAGACGAUAAAUCUUUAAUAAUAAUUUGUUGUAUUUUAAAUCAUUUAGAAACGCUCUGACAUUUAUUAAUUUCAAUGAAUGAUGUUAUAAAUAAACAUGAUGAUUAACUUAAUAAAAUAAAUGA